AAGGACGGAGGCAGCUGCACCCACCAGUAGCCGGAGGAGAUGGAAUGAAGAGUCAACAAUAUCUUCAUCAGCAGGUAAAAACGUAUCAAUGUUUGAUGUCUUAGUAAAGAUUUCUUACAUUUGUCCAGCAUUAAGUGUAAAUAUUAGUCAUAUUGUUGCUUUGAAUUUCAGGCUGACUUUGCUGUUAUUGUUUUUCACUUCUUUAUCUGUCAUUUUGUUUUUUCUGUCACUUUGCUUGUCUGUCUUUUUGUCCAGUCUGUCUCUGUUUUCUGUCUGUUUCAUUUUUCACCUGUGUCCCUAUCAGUCUUUCUAUCCCUGUCUCUCUGUCUUUCGAUAUUCUCCUGCAUGUCUGUCCUUUUUUUCUGUCCUGCCUUUACUUCUUCCUAUCCGUCAGUCUGUCUUCUUGUCUCUCUAUCUACUUAUACUAUUUUCCAUUUUCUCUCUGUCUCUCUUUUCCUGUCGAGGCAGAAAACCGUCCAUGAGUAAGUCUAGUUCUGCUCAAGGUUUCUACCUAUUACACAGUAUUUCUUUGCCACGGUUGCAAAGUGUUUUAAUUCAUGUUUUUUAAUCUUCACAAGAGUACAAUCUGCAUCUGCCAAAUGUCUGUAUUCAGUCUGAUUUGAAGCUUUGGAAAUCAAAACAUGCUGAUUGAUCUUCCAUGUCUCUGUCUACUGUCUCUCGUAUAGGUUCUAGCGUCAAGCUGUCAACAUGCCACCAGCUCGUCUAGUCUUACUGACUACUCUUCUUGUGGUUCUGAUGGCUGUGCUGACCUCCAGUGCCAGAACCACACGCUGGCCUAGACCUCAAAACACCAAGAAACCACCUCGAGCUGGGGGUGGAGGUGGAGGCGGUGGCUACAGGAGGACCACCACGACCACCAUGCCCCCUUCCAGUACGCACACAGAUGAAACGACCGAAGCCAUGAUGGAUGCCUACUCCCUGACUCCUACAGACAGCACCACCUACUCCAGCAACACCUACCCCACAGAUUUCCACACGGACGCCAUAGCACCCCCUGGGAACACCCCUGGAAACUUCACCCUUGACUACAAUGAAUGUUUCUUCAACUUCUGUGAGUGCUGUCCACCUGAGAAAGGCCCUGCAGGGCCCAUGGGAGAGAGGGGGCUACCAGGACCACCAGGAGAGAGGGGCCCUAUGGGUAAGAGUUAAUAUUUUCAGGUGAAUCAGCUUUUGUAGCUUGAUGUUUUGUCUUUUUUUAUACUUUUCUAUGAUCUCCAGGGUUACCGGGAGAAAAGGGAGACACAGGGCUUCGUGGACCCGCAGGAUUAGCAGGACUACCAGGGGCCAACGGGCUCAAUGGCGACAUAGGUACAGCGGGGCUUGACAGCAGGAGCGUUUCUGAUUGUGUGUCCAUUUGUUUCCUUCUGUGCCUCCCUUUUCUUGUAAGAAACGCUCCUCUGUGUCUAAUUUUUGAUUUUACUCUCUACAUUUUAUCAAAACUACCACAGGUGAAACAGGCCCGCAAGGACCGAUGGGUGUUCCUGGUGCACCUGGGAUCCCAGGAAAACCAGGAGAAAAAGGUGUGAAAAUCUGAUUGGGAUAUUUUUUCUCUUUAAGUCCUCACUGACUCCAUCAAAGCUGAAGACAAGAACAUUAACCUGCUUGAAUCACAGUAAAAUAUUUUAGAGAGUAUAAAAUGAAAGCACUCUACAAAUACAUGUCUUACUUCACAUACCACAGGUGAUCCGGGCCCCAAAGGAGAGAAAGGGGAACGUGGUUUCAGUGGUCUGAAAGGGGACCCGGGAGAAAAAGGAGAGUCUGGCCUGAAUGGGACCAAGGGCAAUACCGGUAGAGAGGGGCCUAUGGGCCCCCCUGGGCUGGCUGGGACAAAGGGUCAGAAAGGGGAACAGGGACUUGCAGGCGAGGGUUUACCAGGCCAAAAAGGUGAUGCAGGUGAGCGUGGGCCCCCUGGUCUGAGAGGUGGAAUGGGGCCCCAAGGCUUUAAUGGAACUGAUGGGGCAAGAGGAACAAGGGGGGAGCCGGGUCCCCCAGGGGCAAAAGGAGAAAUUGGCGCGAGAGGGCCACCGGGACCUCAAGGAGGGCGGGGGAUGGCUGGGCUGAGAGGGGAGAGGGGUCCAAAAGGUGGGCGUGGACCUCGGGGCCCUAAAGGUCCACCAGGUGAGAGUGCGGAGGUGAUCCGCUCUGCCUUCAGUGUGGGUUUAUUCCCCAGCAGGUCCUUCCCUCCACCCAGCCUGCCUGUGAAGUUUGAUAAGGUGUUUUAUAACGGGGAGGGGCAUUGGGAUCCGGUUCUUAACAAGUUCAACGUCACCUACCCAGGGGUCUACUUAUUCAGCUACCACAUCACCGUACGCAACAGGCCUGUGCGCGCCGCCCUGGUGGUCAACGGGGUGCGGAAGCUGCGGACUCGCGACUCUCUGUACGGCCAGGACAUCGAUCAGGCAUCAAACCUCGUUCUGUUGCAGCUGAACGAAGGCGACCAGGUGUGGCUCGAGACACUGAGAGACUGGAACGGGAUUUACUCCAGCAGCGAGGAUGACAGCACCUUCACUGGCUUUUUGCUUUACCCAGACUUGAAGAGUCAACUUCCUGCUAUGGAAAACAUGUGA